GACGGCUGGCUGCCAUGUUGCCCGCAUAUUGCUGUUUUUGUUCCAUUUCAUGCGCUGUCCGUCCGUCGUGCGUUCGUGUGCGUGCGUAAUGAUUUUGCUUCUCUCCGCGACUUCGUCGAUUGAAAUUUGUACGGGGACGAAGACGAACUGUCGGUCGGUCGAGUCGAUUUUACACAGUCUCGAGGCAGCAGCCAAAAGACGAUGAGAGCAGCAAUAGCCAAACAAAAAAUUCUUGAUCCAAUUUCCUCGUUGCGUGUGCUGUGAGAAAAAAGUAGUGCGAUUGCGAAAAAAUCUAUCGGGAUUUUGUGAAUAACAUUGAGACGAGAGCAGUGCUCGUGUGGUGCGCGAAAAGGGUUCGCCUGGUAGCGAUCCUCCCGAAUUCGGAAAAUCUAGUGCAAUCGAUCGGUGUGACCAGUUGGGUUUUCGGAACGGUACCUUCUGCUUCUUGUUGCGACGGCGGAAGUUGAUUUUUUUUCGCCUACUUAGUUGUCUUGUCGAGAGAAAGGUGUCCAGUUUUUUAAGUCAGAGGAGGCGAAUUUUCGCAGCUUAGAACAGUACCAGGACACUAGAUUGACGGUGCUAGGUGGAAACUCUACUUUCGAGGUGAAAAAGAAAAUUUACUGUGCCUCCUCCCCGUGUUCGUGCUGUGUGUGAGGUCUCUUACGGCCGUGGCAAUCUCUCUGUUUCGGCCUGUGGUGUGUAAUAUGUGUUAGGAAAAGUGCAAAGUUUUCAUUCGACAGUGGCCCAACGACGAUGGUGACGGAAAUGGCCGCAAAAAGAUGUCUUUGUUUUCUUAAGCUCAGAACAGGCAGGACCAUUUAGGAUUGAAGUGCUGAACGUCUUGUGCAUUAGAGAAAAGUGUGUAUCUUACAAGAAAAGUUCGACCAAUAACUUAUCACAGAAAAAAAAGAAAUCAAUUAUAAACAUAUUAAGUGAUCUGUUACAUUAAUCUGGAACAUACAACGCCACUACCCGAAAACGAAAUGCUUACCAGUGUUGUCACCGUAAUGAGCAUGGAGAACAGUGACUGGUAAUAGCCAAGGACCGAGGCGACAACGAAAGCAGCCAAGCCUAGGAGGACGACGACGUCCACAAAGAAGAAGAAGAAGCAGUGGAAAUAAGUUUUCUUAUAGGAAAAAGGAUUGCUGGUGCAGCUGCUGUUGCUGUCGAUGGUAUAUUGUAUUGCUGAUAAUAAUGGUGACACGCAUCGCCGAACACGGACCAAACGCUGAGAGUGAUUUUCCGAGAAAGUGAGAUGUUGGCUUUCACGUCUUUACACAACAACUGAACCGACUUGGCCUGGCAGCACCCCCGGCGGGAGGAAUUGGAAAGAUUGAUUGAAUCGGACCGGCGUGAAGAAGUAGGAGGCGAAGAAGCAGAAGACAGCGAAGGCGAAUUCGACUGGUCCAAUGCAUGCUGCCGUCGGAUUGGUCUCCGGAAUCGAGAUCACCGUGAUUGAAUGUUAUAUCAACGCAGCGACAUAAUUCUCGUUGCGACCAGCGGAGCACGUGGAAGACGAAAAUGCUACUUAAAAUCCACGUUUAAGGAUCAUUUGUGAUAUCUAGUUUUUAGGGAGUAACGACUUAUUAUAAUUACCUGAAUGGGAACAUUUUAGGCGGAAAAGAGAGUCGAAGGCACGCUCAAUCAACAGCUUAUCAUCAUGACUAGUAUAACGUUCAAAACGACAACGACGACCGGUGGAGAUGCGAACGGUUGCAUUGCGUCAGCGGCGUCGUCCUCAUCAUCGGCCGUGGCCCUCAUGUCGGACAAAUCGAUAACGAUGACUCCGUCACAGCUGGCCUCGGCGACAACGGCAGCAGCCGUAGCUGCUUCCAAUCUAUUGUCGACGGCAGCGGCCAAUCCGUCUAGUGCCCUCUUUGCGGCAGCUGCUGCUGCAGCCACCAAUCCUUCGAGUGCACUAUUCGUGGCGGCUCAACAGCAGAACAACAACUAUCAGAGCAAUAGCAGUAGCAGUAGUUUGUACAAUAACGAUAGCAAUAGCAAUAAUAAAGUGCAGUCUAGUGACAAGCUAAGUAGCGGAAGUAGUAGCAGUGGCGUCGGGAGUGGAGCCAGUGGUACCGGAGAAGAGUACGAACGGGCCAAAUACAAGACGCCCCAGGAGGUGAUGAUGCUGUACAUGGAUAAACUGACCCAAUACGAGCACCAUGAGAUCUACCAAUAUCCCAAAAUAUACUUCAUCGGAGCCAAUGCCAAGAAGCGGAGGGGUACCAGCAAUUCCGAGUACGAUAACGAACAAGGAUCGUACAUUCAUAUAGCACACGAUCACAUUGCGUACAGGUAUGAGGUGUUGAAAAUCAUAGGCAAGGGUAGCUUCGGCCAGGUGGUGAAAGCGUACGAUCACAAAAACCAUCAACAUGUGGCACUGAAGAUGGUUCGGAACGAGAAGCGAUUCCAUAGGCAAGCCCAAGAGGAAAUUCGAAUUCUCAAACACCUACGAUCGCAGGACCGUAUGAACUCGAUGAACAUUAUCCACAUGUACGACUAUUUUAUAUUUCGUAAUCAUAUGUGUAUAACGUUCGAACUGCUGUACAUCAACCUGUACGAGCUGAUCAAGAAGAACAAAUUCCAGGGCUUCAGCUUACAGCUGGUUAGAAAGUUUGCUCACUCUCUGCUUAAGUGCUUGGAUGCACUGUAUAAGAAUAAGAUUAUCCAUUGUGAUAUGAAACCGGAGAACGUGCUGCUGAAACAGCAGGGACGAUCCGGUAUCAAAGUGAUCGAUUUCGGCUCGUCUUGUUUCGAGCAUCAACGAGUCUACACCUACAUCCAGUCGCGAUUCUACCGGGCACCGGAGGUUAUCCUCGGUGCCAAAUACGACAUGGCGAUCGACAUGUGGUCGCUGGGUUGUAUUCUGGCGGAACUGUUUACCGGUUUCGCACUUCUUCCUGGGGAAGACGAAGCGGAUCAGUUGGCUUGUAUUAUCGAGCUAAUCGGUAUGCCACCGAAGAAGAUCAUAGAAAAUUCGAAACGAGCGAAAAACUUCAUCUCGGCCAAAGGUUAUCCACGGUAUUGCAAUGUGAAAACCCUGGAAGAUGGUACCACUGUGCUAACAGGUGGCUUUUCCCGACGGGGAAAACUAAGAGGACCACCCGGAUCUCGUAGUUUGGUAAAAGCACUGAACGGGUGCGACGACCCGCUGUUUCUAAACUUCAUCGAACGUUGCUUACGAUGGGAUCCUGCGUUACGAAUGACCCCGGAAGCGGCGCUCAAUCACUUCUGGUUCCGGCGGUUGCUGCCUCCUUCGCCCAACGUGGCGACGAUCACCACUACCAGCAGUCCUUCCACGUCGAGUAAUUGUCAAAAUAGCCAUAUAAACAAGGUACUGAACAUUGCGUAUGCGUACGCAGAUCAGCAAGCAUCAUCUCUAGUAACAACCUCCACCUGCAAUUCGCUGGUUGCAUCACACCACGGCAACUCCAGUUCCCUGCAGUCGCUACAAUCGGCUUCUCUUACCUCAUCGGCGAUUAGCAUUCCGGCGGUCAGUGGUAGCGUUGGGGCUGUCGGUGGAGUUAGUCUGGUCGGGAGUACCGGGACGCUCGGACGAUCCGCUGCCACCACCAUCAUCGAUAUUCCCUACAACCCAAACGACAAGAAAAGGCUACUGAAUACUUCCCCACAGGCGGCAUCCUCGCUGACAUCCAACCCCGGGCUGGCGACCACUUCCUUCGUAGACUAUGCAGUGGUCGUCAUCGAUUGAGAAUCGCCGAUGGAAUCCUGUCCAUGUCCUGUCCAUCAAAAAAAGCCUUUUUCGUUUCGUGUCAACAUAUCCUUUUGCUCCGUACUGCCAACAAACAAUUACUGUAUUCACACAACCCCACUCUCAUCCAGGAACGAUGGAACAGAGAAUCAAAACUAGAUACGUUGAAUGUUUGUAAGAUGAUGUGGGGACACUCAGUGAUCGGGUGGUAGUCGAUCGACAGCAGCCACGAGGACGAUCUUCGCGAGAGAGUGAGAGGCGCACAGUUCGAGCGACGAAGUCCCAGCAAAUAAUUAAUAACCGAAAAACCACUCUAUGAAUUAGGGGAAAAGAUCUAAGUAGAAGCGAAAUAAGCGCAAAAACACUCAUUAACUGAUAGGUUCUAGAAUGCGAUAGCGGCGCUCUGGGAGAGAAAACGAAGGGGAGGUAAAUCAAUUUAUACUAAGCUGAUGAUAAAUUAAUUUAAUUUGCUAUUUUAGAGGAUAGGUAAAUAAUUUAGCAAAAUGUGACGACGGAUGAGCGAAAACAAAAAAGGAAAAGAAGACAAAGAAGAAACAAAUGCAUGAUUAAACAAGGCGAGAUUUUUUCAAAACCAAGCAAAAAAACAAAGAAAAAGUAUAAAAAACUCUAUCGGUUAAAAAGUAUAGUUGGAUGACGCAUUACGGCAAAAAAACUGUAUUUAAAGGUACGAAGAUAUCAACGCGAAUCCUUUUGAACUUUAUAUGACGAGGGAGAUAAUUGUGAAAGAAGGGAAUUUUGUAACGGCUUACGUAAACACUAAUCACAAGUAGAAACAAAAAUAAAAAAAACUGCGAACAAAUAUCGAGCUAAAGCUGUGUGCAUAAAAGUGCGAGAGUAAAUCAGUAGGUUAGUGCUGUGCGAUUGUGACUGAAAACAUAAGAAAAAGAUGUUAGGCUUGUUGUUAGUACUUUAUAAUUCCACACGAACACCCGCUUUAACGAAAAUAUAUCAUUGAGGUAGACAGAAAUUGACAUUUGUAGAAGAUCUUGAUUUUAUUGUUGAAGGCUCAAGAAUAUCCAAAAUGAUUAACUAAAGAUUGAAGAUUGAAAUCACGAUUCUCAACUUUGCAGAGUCGUAUCUUGUAAAUUGAUUGCUUAAAUUUGAACAAUGCUUCAAAAUCCAAGCAAAGGCUGUUACUAUUCCCAUGUCUGUAUGGACUUCAAAACCGAAGAUUACUGUAACCAGAAAACUUGCAGCUCUGUCAACAAUCAGGAGAUACUGAUAGCAGCGCAUCUCACGUGUUGGAGAAAUAUUAAAAGACAGAGCUUCCAAGCCUUCUCGUGAUGGUGGUCUUCGUCAAAACCCCUAUUAGGAAUAGUCAAAUCGAUGCAUUCUUUUUCGCGCUGCCAUGUCUAUAUAUUGUCUUCAUCUGCCACGGACCACUCCGAUUACACGUUGUGCAAUUCCUAGAGCUCUCUAUUGGUAGAACUUUAGUUCAAUUCCCAUUUCGGUAUUUAAGUUUGCGUGAAUUGCGUUUGCGUUUGUUAGGCUAACAGCUUACUAAAGUUCCAUUUGUCAAGACGAGGAGAGUGACGACGCACACUGUCAGAAGUAGACUUCUAAAACUAAUAUGUAACGGAUACAAAGAACAAGUUGUGAGAAUAAUACGUGUUUAGGGAAAAUUGAUACACAUGAUUUUAUAAUAAAAUGGCAUAAUAAGGCA